AUGUCCGCCUUCACCUCUCUCCGCCCCACCCUGGGCCUUGCCCGCACCGCCGCCCAGGCCUCACGCGGCUUCAGCUCCUCCGCCUCGCGCUCCGUUGCCCGCAUGAUCAUCACUGGCCGUCUGGCCGCCGAGCCCGAGUUGCAGGCUACCGCUUCCGGCCAGGACGUCAUCAAGUACGCCAUCGGUACUUCUUAUGGCUCUAAGGAGAACCGUCAGACUAGCUGGUUCCGCGUUGCUAGCUUCUUGCCUGAGGGUUCGCAGCGGGAUUUCAUUCUGGGUCUGCCCAAGGGAACCCUCGUCUACCUUGAGGGUGAUGCCAGCAUGCGUAGCUACGAGGAUGCCGAUGGCAAGAGGCACUCCAAUCUGAACAUUGUCCAGCGUACGGCCCAACCCCAGUCCUUUCAUCAAUUACAGAAAUCUAACUUCCAUAUUUACACAGGCUCCCUCGAGGUCCUCAGCCGCCCUACGAACAGCUCCGAGGAGCACUAG